CUCAGGAGGACACAGAUACCCAGCAAGACGUCCAAGAGUUUGGUCGAUCCUUUUUGGGCAUCUUGGACGAGAAGUUGCAACUUUCAUCGUACGCUAACAUAAUUAGUGAUCUAUUCAGUGGCAAGUAUUUACUAUAAAAAGGAACAUGACUGUCUUUUUAGACUUGUUUAGUAUUUUAUUAGUUCAUCAUGCUUACUAUUCAUUAACAUUUUUCAGGCAUUCAAGUCGAAUACCUUACUUGCACAAUGUGCAAUAGAAGUAAAGAGCAGUAUUCCACAUUUUUUGAUAUUUCUCUGCCUAUUCGCUCUAUUGAUGGAAAGACAUCAUAUGACUCGCUGGAAUAUGCAAUAGAACAAUAUUUAAGACCUGAAAUAUUAGAUGAACAUUUUUGUGACAUUUGUGGAAAAAAAUGCAAAUUCCUAAAAGGGCAACAAUUUAAAAAAUUUCCAUAUAUUAUAUGUUUUCAUCUAGGUAGGAUUUCCUAUAACAUAAAAAGUCUAAAACCCGAAAAAAUAAAUGACAAAGUAUCUUUUCCAUUUUUCAUUUCAAUGAAUGCGGAUGGCUAUAAUUCCGUAUUUGAAUUAUACGGAGUGAUCAGUCACAAAGGAGUAGCCACUUUUGGGCACUAUUACUCCUAUAUAAAAGAUUUCAAGUCAGGACAAUGGUUUAAAUGUGAUGAUGAUAUUAUUACUCCCAUACCACAACAUAAAAUUGAAAGCACUUUUAGCGGAAGAUCAAACGCAUAUAUGGUCAUGUAUAGACUUAUUGAUAGAAACAGAAACCAAAAAGCUUACACAAUCGAGGAACUCCCAGCGCAUUUAAAGUAA